GCACGCCGGGCGGAGGGGUUAGAAGGCGUGUGGAGCACCGUGGAGGGGAGUGGCGGGGCGGGGGGGACGACGCGAGAGGCAGGCGAAGCUGGGCAGUUAAGGCACGGCGAGAGGGCCUAGCAGUAGGCUGCAGUUAAUGGGAGAAGCUGAGAAAGAGUGCGAACUUGGAAGGGAAGGAGGGGAAAAGCAGAUGGGCUCGGGAAUGUGCGUCGCAGUGUCUUAGGAGGGCGCUAGGACCCAGAGCCGAGAAGCUGCAGCUUGGGGGACGGCUGGGCGCGCGCUGGCCCGUCCGUCGGUGACGCGGCGGUGGCCCAGGUCUGGCCGGGACGAAUUGCCGCAGGGAGAGGAGAAUGGGCUGCCUUUGGCCUGACUUCUGACCCUAUGCGUUUUCCUGUCCCCGUCCCGUGUACGGUCCUGGGGUUGGGCCCUGGUUCCAGGGGGUCUAGCCUGUCAUCGGGCCUCAGAGUUCCCUUUUGCCUCGGCGCCACUCAGUCCGCACCCCUGCGUGCGAGGACCGGGUGGUGGAGGCCGCGGCGGCGCCCAGCUGCUCAUUGGCUGUUGCUGGCGCGCGGCGGAGUGGGUGGGAGAGGCUAGACCGUCGCGGUCUCAGUCUUUCCCGCCAUGUCGUUUGUGGAGAGCGGGAGGCCCUCGGCUCCGAGGCGGAGCGGCUUAGGCACUCCAGUUCCUUUUGCUCGGCCGGUGUAUUCCGCCUUCACUCAGGGAGACAGUUGGGGUGAAGGCGAAGUGGACGAGGAGGAGGGGUGCGACCAGAUAGCCCGCAAUUUGCGAGCGGAGUUCUCGGCCGGGGCGUCUUCCGAGCCUAGGAGGGGCUUGCUGCUCCCGCCAGACGGAGACGGGUCGCCGGUCCUGAAGCGCAAUGGCAUCUUCCCGGCGGCUGUGGGCAACCGAGCCCAGUCUCGGCGGUGGCCGGUCCAGGUCCUCUCAAUUCUCUGUUCGCUGCUGUUCGCCGUCCUCCUCGCCUUCCUCCUCGCCAUCGCCUAUCUGAUUGUUAAAGAGUUGCAUGCGGAGACUUUGAAAAACGAAGAUGAUGUAGACGCUGGGCUAUUAGGAUUCUGGACUCUGUUUAUAAUAUCCCUGACUGCUGGGUUCUCCUGUUGCAGCUUUUCUUGGACUGUAACUUAUUUUGAUUCUUUUGAACCAGGAAUGUUUCCACCAACUCCUCUUUCACCUGCCAGGUUCAAGAAAUUGACUGGACAUUCUUUCCACAUGGGCUAUAGCAUGGCGAUUUUGAAUGGCAUUGUAGCUGCUUUUACCAUAGCAUGGUGCUUCAUGUAAUCCCACACUGGAGUAAUAUCGUCGUCAAAAUGUAGUCGUGAUUGCUUUCUAAUAACAAGAAAGAAUAUCAUUGUCUACUUAGAAGACUGAGAAACCUGCUUUUAUGUGGUUCAGAUACAUGUUAUAAUCAUCAUUACAGAAGACCUUUUAAAGCAUCAUUCUAUAAUAAUGAGUCUUGGCAUUGGGAAUAUCUGAGUAUUAAGUUUCAAGUGCUUUCUUAAAAGUAUAAGAUGUUUACCUCAUCUUUUUACUUUUUUGUGUGUAGUUCUUAAAAUUAUAGAAAACAUUCUAAAAAAAAUCAAACUCAGAAACUUGAAUACUGAGCAAUGCCUACUUUUCUGUGUAUAUACUACAUUUUUCUAAGACACUGAUUUUACUCUUUAAUUGCAAUAGAAGUGUUUUUUAUUUAUCCAUUACAUUAGAGAAGCAAAUAAUGCCUAUUCCUCCAACAUUUUAUAGAAGCUUCUUUAAAACAGAAUAUUUAGUUUUUGAUAUUCAUAUAAUCAAUAGAAGGUACAUUUAUAUUUUUUAAGGGGCAUAGUUUCUUGUGUUUUUUAAUGUAUUUUCCUACCAUGUAUUCAAUUUAUAUGUUUUUAAAAUUACUGCAUCUUGACAACUGUAAAAGUUAUUUCUUAGCUGGUGCAAGCCUAA